AUCGGCUUGGCGCGAUAAACAGUAUCAACGUCGCGUACACCGAUUUCUGCCAGAUUCUCCAACUUGACAGGGUGCCUCUACUCUACCAGCCAACCAACCACCAUUUCUGUGGCACCAAAUGAUUUCAUUCGCAUCUCAGGGCGGCUGGACUACUUUUAUGUGCUUGGGCGCCAUAUAAUCAACUUGCAAUCGGAGUAUCGCAUGCAAUGGCGGAGCUUACUGAUCUUGAAGGGCUGGAGCUUCUUCACAGGGAUCUGGUAGCUCAGGCAGAGCAACGCCUUCCCAACAUCGACCGACUGUGGGUUCAAUUGGAAACUAGGCUCGACGAAUUUCGAAGGCUCCUCGAUAAAGCUCCGCGCAAUGAACAGAGCAGAAAGAGCUUGGAUUCUGGAAGAAUCCAGAUACAAGACGAAGAAUACUCCAUCAACGAUGACUUUAAGCAAGGGGCGUUGAUGCUUGCAGAUGCUGUCAACCUGGACGAACUCGACGCUGCGCGAAUAUUCUUUGCAUCGCAGGAGGACGCGGACGUGCUAGGCCGUUCCGUCUUAGAAUGCUCUAUAAUCAGAUUUCACCAAACCCGGAAGUACCUUUUGGAUUGCUUUCGACUCGUUCUACAAUUGUCAUCAGCAAAUACCGAUUCAGAUUCCGAUUCAAAUUCAGACGAGCUUGAAGUCCAAGAGAAUAUCAAGAGUACUUUUCAGACAGCUGUUGGGCUUGUACUUCAAACGGAUAAUAAAGCAGAAAAUGGGCCUAGCUUUGUCAAGAAGUGCUUGCAGAGCAUGGCAGACAUCAAGACAUGGCUGCAGGAUCUUGCCGACAGAGUAAACAGCGCCAAUGUUCUAUACCAGGGCCAAACGGAUGAGUUCUCUGAGACAAUUGAGUACCAGAGAGUGAGUCUUAUACAACAGCACGAAUCUUUGGGCUCUAUAGUUCAUUGGCUCGUGAAAGCAAGAUACUCUUCAGUGGAGAAUUUUGAGACUGUUCUUGGUGUGCUUAGGCAAACCGACAGAUUUGACAACCUCCUAGUUCACUACUUCCCAGCAACGGCUGCUUUCAUAUCCACUUUUGGAUCGCCCGAGGGUUCUGGCUCGCUCCAGCAGGCUCGCAGUCUGAAUCGGAUGAUUCUUGAAAAUAAAGAUAAGAACAAUUGGACGUUACAAUAUGUUUACGCUGGAGUUUCUGUCCUCUGGUUGGGAGAGUAUAGUGGAUGGUAUCUCGACAAUCAAGGCAACUCUCCAGCCGUGGGGGUCAACCUGGAUGACGAGAAACGGACAAGAUCAGAACAAUUUGCAGGGUUUCUUAAAGAUGGAGCAUUCGAGUUCCUUUUGUCUCUUGGUGCCGAUGUCAAAUCUGGUGACUGGCAGGACCCUGCACGACAGGGCUUGCGGCGCUGGCUGCAAAAUAAAGUUCCUCCAAUGCUUCAAGACUCAGUGCCGUUUUCAGAGUUUUUUCAGCUGGCAUUGAAGGAGCAGUUGGAGGCCUUUAUAGACGCAUUUAUCACUAAUAUGCCCGACCCUUUGCGCAAGUUGAGGACGGAAGAGCAAGAACAGAGGCAGUUGAGCCUUACCUACGAGCAUGACCUUGAUCUCGAACGGUUCCUGGUUAUUAUUUCAUAUGCCUUUGAACAACGGCCUGAUGCCGCUUUGGCGUUUUGGUCGGAUCCAGACAGCAACCUCGCUGGCUUCCUGCAGUGGGCAUCGUGUAGAGCUUCGACGCCACUGUUGAGCGCGUUUUGUGAAAUGCUUCAGGCAAUAUCUGAAGAUGACGAGUGUGCGACUGCUUCGCAUAGAUUCCUACUCGAAGAAAGUACAACUGCGUCUGGUAAAUUACGGCGCAGCCAAUCUCUUACGUGGAGCCAAAUAUUCACUGAUCUCACACACUAUACCUCAAAACUACGCAACCAGCCUGCCCCCCACCAGUCUACAUCGUACCGUGCCGGAAAACCUGGCGCUAAUGAGGUUGAGUCCGAACCGGAGGAGACACUUAUGCUGGAGAGUUACUUACGCCUGAUCACUCGUCUAUGCACUGGAAGUGAAGAGGCGAGGACUUUCAUUCUUAAGCACCCGUCAUUUCACCUGACAGGAUUACUUUACGAACUGGCAAGCAGCCGCAUAGAAUCUCGUCUUCGAGCGUGCGCUUUUACUACCCUACGGUCGCUGCUCAGCCAAAAAUCUAAGGAGAUCAACGAUAUCACUUGGAUGUCCCUGGAUCAGUGGAUUUCUGGCGGACACUCAACGAUGCCCAAAGUAUCACUAACAAUGUCAACGUCGGCAUCGAUCACUAGUGGGAUUUUUGAAGAGAUUAGUACUGGGUUCGAAGAACCAAGUUCCUUCAUUCAGUUCCUUACCGCCCUUCUAACACCCGCGGAACCAUCCAUGGGAUUGAAUGACGAUCUCCCUUUCCCGGAAAAUCUUGGUUCAUCGAAACGGAUGCCUGGCGUUGAUACUUAUAUCGAUUUCGUUGUGGGGCAGAUUUUUGUGCGCAAAUCCCGAACGGCGGAGAUCAUUAGCCAGCCUCAACAGAGACUCUUGUCGCUGACGUGCCUUGACUUCAUAUCGACAUGUCUGAGCACUUUCAACGAGGACCUUGUUGUCUUCGCUAAUCAAUCGAAUGUGUCUGUCGACAGUGCUAUCAGGGCCUCGGAUCUGGAUACAUACGUUCGCCUCCAUCCGUUCUCGAGGACUAUGGAAUGGAUGUUCAAUGAGAAAGUUAUGGAUGCGCUGUUCCAAUCUGUCCACGAAGAAAUCUCCGCCGUGGGGAAUGCCGCCCCAUCAUCACCCUUGGUGCUGAGCAUCCUUGCUGCAAUCCAUGUGAUAACUCUUAUAAUGGACCUGCAACCAACGUACUUGGAUAUUAUAAGACCGUUAAACAGACAGCAAGCUACGCAUACUCGGUCUCCUGUUGCUAAUGCUGCCUACGCGUCAUUCGACGAUGGAGUAUUAAGCCAUCUUUCUGUCAUUGUUGAUCUCGGCCUCUAUUGCGGCUCUGGGCAUUCGGAACUCGCCGUCGCGUCGUUAAAACUGCUUCAAAGAUUUUCUACUUCUCCUAAGCUGAUAUCUCCUCCCGUUUCAAAUAUUGGUGGACGUCGAGACAGAAACAAAGCAAUUGCUGCACUUGAGAUGGGGAACGAUUCAGAGCGAAUUGCCAGGUCUCUCAUCAGCGAAUUCGAAUCUAACAUCGACAUGGAAGAAGCAUCUGAGUCGCCGGCAUAUAAUAUCAAGAUUCACAUACUUGAUUUCGUGAACGCUUGCCUUCAAGCUAUGCCUAACAGACCCUCGAUUGCGCACUUGCUCUUGGGUUUUAGAUGCGAAUCGGAAAGCCUCGAGGUUCUUCCUGAUAGCCCGUUUGCCCGCGAUGCAUCUCUAUUCCAUUCUAUAAUGAAACUGGCCAUUCAGUGCCCUGUUCAAACAGAGCAAAAUGUUAUAGCCCCAUGGCUUACGCGCCUCAAGAGCAAGGCGCUACAGGUUAUGCGAACCUUGUGGAGAUCGCCCAUAUCCUCACAAGUGGUGAUGGUGGAGCUUCGAAGCCACAACUUUUUUACUCACCUAUGGACCAGCGAAGUCAUCAUUGGCCCGCAAACUAUAUCUGGCCUAGGUUUACCGAACGAGACCUACUUCGGAGUUAUCGAGUCGCAAAACGAUAUCAACGAUUAUUUGAGCCAAAGGUCCAUGCUGUUUCAAUACGUCGCAUCAGAACUUCGCCGAGUAUCUAAAGAUGGCUCGACUUCCGUAAGGCAGCAGAUAUCGAACACGCUUCUUGGGAGAACUACCAUCGAAGAUGGAACUGAAAUCCAAAACUAUACGAUAUUUGACAUGUUCGAUUUCAUGGUGGUGGAUCCGGCUGCCGAAACUUUUCCAAUUUCCCCCUACUUCAAGGAUCUUAAUUUCAGCGUCUGCCUCACGGGCAACCCCGGGGAACCGCACGUUUAUGAUGUUAAGAGGGUUGAGGCACUCUUGGUGCUGAGGCAGAGCGAGAUGAAAGUUGCGGGCUAUUUACAGAAACCCGAAGACGAGGCCAUUUUUGAAGCCGAAGCACUUAACCUGUUGCGGUAUCUGGCUUCCCAGAGCAACAUAAGUCGCCUGCACGCAACUUGGCUGGAGACAUUGGAGGGUUGGACUCAAGUCGUGUUGAUGACAGUAACAGUCGGCGAUCUCGAGGACACAAACAAGCUGAGGGCAAUACUCGAAGCAGUCCUUGUUGUCCAGUCAAAAUUGGAGAGGCAUAGUAGCGUUAAUAUUGAAGCGUCACAAAAACUUGCGACCCUUGCAAAAUUCCUCCUCUUCAAUAUCGACUUCACGUCAGAGCCAUUCCGGAAUGACGACGUAGCCUCUCUAGCAAAUGAGAGGUUGAGCCAGCUAUUCAGUGUGUCUCUCAAAGCCAUCCAAUCGCCGAUUAGCGACAGCCAUUUCCGAGAAACACUUUACACGAUAUGCUACAAAUAUCUGGUUGGCAUGUCAGAUAUGCCGCGAGGCCUGACCACAGGCCGCCAAUAUAUUACUCAGACUAUCAAGAGUUCGGGUGAAUCUCUGGUAGCUAUAAUCUGUGAUGAUGCAUAUGCUGGUGAGAAUACUUGCAGAAUUUCUGCCCUAUUGCUACUUGGGCAAAUUGUCGAGUUGGCAAGAAAAGAAGAUUCAAGCUACAUCAAUACCACCUUGUCUCGCAUCAAUUUUAUAGGCCUUCUGGUGGAUUCUCUACAAAAUAUACUGGAUGAGAUGCAGGAUCUUCGGACUGAUGAAAUUGACAUGUAUUUGUCAUAUGUGAAUGCGAAGCUUGCUUUGCUCGUUCAGGUCUCUCAAACUAGGUCAGGAGCCACCGCAGUCCUUGGUGCUGGACUCUUCCAGAUAAUCAGAGACUCUGGCGUAUUCUCUACUGAUCCAGAUAUUGGACUUGACAUUGCCGACAUUGACGCGAUUAAGAAGCAUUAUGGAUUACUCCUUGCAUUGAUGCGCGUGAUCAAUUGCUGUGUGGUGAGCCGUGGGCCUCAAAAUGAGCAAACUCUGGCACAGGCAAAGAAAUUCGUCUCCGAGAAUCGACUUUGGAUGCUGUCGGUUUUCAAACGGUCUGCUCGUAUUGGCGCUGCGGUGAACAAUGAGCUCGAUGAAGUUGUCGACGAACUAUCCGAUGCGUAUAUGCUCCUCAUUUCGAUGAGCGGCUUUCUUGAUGGUCACGACGAAAUGAAGCCACUUCAUGAAUCUUUUAAAUCCUUCACAUAACACGUUACGAGGAGUCAAAUAUUUUUUUGGAAAUGGAUCGCAGGAAGGAAUAUUGAAGCUUUUCGGUGAAAGGCACAUUAGACGGAUGUAAAAUAAAGAACACUAUUUUCAAGCGUGAUGCAACACAAUUUAUAUGUAGAGUGUGGAAACAAGC